GGAAGUGGAAAAAGGAAAACAAACGAGCAGUUACUCGGAGUUUGUGGAUAGACGGUGGAAGCGCUGCGUGGCUCGACUGUUUCAGUUGUUUUACUACACAUUUAAAGAAAAAUUAAGAUGGAGUUCUUAUUUGGGCGAAGAAAGACCCCGGAGGAGAUGCUGAAACAGAACCAGAGAGCACUAAACCGAGCCAUGAGAGAGUUAGACAGAGAACGCCAAAGGAUGGAACAGCAGGAAAAGAAAAUCAUAGCUGACAUUAAGAAAAUGGCCAAACAAGGACAGAUGGAUGCUGUUAAGAUUAUGGCUAAGGACUUGGUUCGCACCAGGCGAUACGUAAAGAAGUUCAUCAUGAUGAGGGCCAACAUCCAAGCAGUCAGUCUCAAAAUCCAGACCCUUAAAUCCAACAACAGCAUGGCACAGGCAAUGAAGGGUGUCACCAAAGCCAUGGCCACAAUGAACAGACAGCUGAAGCUGCCACAAAUUCAGAAGAUCAUGAUGGAGUUUGAGCGACAGAGUGAAAUUAUGGACAUGAAAGAAGAAAUGAUGAACGAUGCGAUUGAUGAUGCAAUGGGAGAUGAGGAUGAUGAGGAGGAAAGUGAUGCUGUGGUUUCCCAAGUGCUAGAUGAGCUGGGCCUUAACCUUUCAGAUGAACUUUCAACUCUGCCAUCAACCGGGGGAAACCUUUCAGUCGCCACAGGAAAGAAAGCUGAGCCACAGCCCACUCUGGCAGAUGCGGAUGCUGACCUGGAGGAAAGACUAAAUAACCUUAGAAGAGACUAAGGCAGACAGCACUUUAGGUUAAUGCUUCAGUACAGAAUGUGUUCAGUAAGCUUACUUAAAUGAUAAGAGAUUAAAAGCAGAGAAUAGAGGAACGCUGCAGUAUUUUGAUGCAGUGUAUGAGGGUUUUUUUCAUAAGGUAUUCUUAUGUUAAUGUUUGUAUUUUUUUUUCCUACUGCAUAUGUGCUGUGCAUUGUUAUAUUACCAAACAAAUGCUCCAAACAAAGAUGUUUGUUCUUCAAACAGAUCCUGUUUUGAUAAGAAAAUCUCAAAGCCCACUGCCUUGCUGAGAAUAGCUGGAAGCUGGAAUAAACACUAAAUAGUACCCAAACAAAAAAGGAUUGGUUCAUUUUAUUAAAUACGAACUUUAAUUCCAGAAAAGCUAGCACAGUAAGUGAAAAGAAUUGGUUGGUAAAUCCACUUUAACUUGUAUUUAACUUAAACCUUACAAAGACAAUACAUAAACACUUCAGAAAAUAAUGCCUGCAACAAAAAGGUUUUGAUGCUCCUUUGAUUACAUCACUGCACCACUGUCAGUAAACAAUGCUAGUUGCUGCAUCCACAAAUGCAGGUGAAAACUGUCCUAUGCAGAAGUCAACAACAUCCAAAAAUACUGCCGGUCUCUCUGGGCUUGAACACACCUUAUACAGACUGCACAGUGGAAGCGUGUCUUUGUCUGACAAGUCCACUUCUCUGAUCGUGUAUGGCAAUAAUAAAACAUAUCUGCUUAUAUUAGAGUAACAUAGCUGGUGUUAGGAUGGCUUGUCCGCAGCCCAGAUAGAAAAUGUGUGAAGCAUUAUUAAGCAUAAAAUCCCACAACAACGGCUCUGAAUGGCAGUACAGCUGACUUGCCUAAUGGAAGAAUGACAAUAAAGUUUGCUUUUUAAACUGGA